CAGCAAUUGCACAGUUUGCCGAAUCUGCACAAAGAAUGCUGUCUUUUGGUGCUUAGCGAUAUCACGUUUGAAUGUACUUAAGUGUUGUACGUCCACCAUUACACUACUUUAUGAUAACAGCAAUUCAUUUUGAUUAUCAGCGUUAUCAAAUCAAAAAGUAACAACCGAGUAAACUUAAACAAGAGCAAGAAAGAGGAGUGACUGUGAUGUUAGCAGGAUGCCUUCUGUAGCACAGGUCGAGUGUGGAAUUAAGGAUGUCUGGGUCACCAACCUUGAUGAAGAGUUCAGGAAAGUUAGACAAAUCAUACAGCACUACAAAUAUGUGGCUAUGGACACAGAGUUUCCGGGGGUGGUUGCACGGCCUAUUGGAGAGUUCCGCAGCACGGCAGACUAUCAGUACCAACUGUUGAGAUGUAAUGUGGACCUCCUCAAGAUAAUCCAGAUUGGCUUCACCUUUAUGGAUGAGCAUGGCAACACUCCCAAACCAAUCUCCACGUGGCAGUUUAACUUCAACUUUGAUCUUAAUGAGGAUAUGUAUGCCCAGGAAUCAAUCGACCUUCUCCAGAAAUCAGGAAUUCAGUUCAAGAAGCAUGAAGAAGAAGGAAUUGACAUUUUCACAUUUGCAGAGAUGCUCAUGACCUCGGGAAUAGUGCUGUCUGAUCAGGUCUAUUGGCUAUCAUUCCAUAGUGGCUAUGACUUUGGUUACCUACUGAAAGUGCUGACAGACUCCCAGUUGCCAGAGGAAGAGGAGGAGUUCUUCUCCAUGAUCAAGCUGUAUUUCCACAACAUCUAUGAUGUCAAGUACCUCAUGAAGAGCUGCAAGAACCUUAAAGGUGGCCUCCAAGAGGUCGCUGAACAGCUAGAGAUUGAAAGAAUAGGACCGCAGCACCAGGCUGGCAGUGACAGUUUAUUGACAGGAGCGGCAUUCUUUAAAAUGAGAGAGAUGUUCUUUGAAGACAACAUAGAUGAUGGUAAAUACAGUGGACAUUUAUAUGGACUAGGUACUUCAUAUGUGCAAAAUGGCACAGGUUAUGAUUCAACCGCAUAUGUAACCAAUUCAUCUACACCCACGUUUACAUCGGGAAACUCUGUGUCCAAUUCUAAUGACAAUUCCUCUACACCUGUUCCAUCAUCGUGAGAAAUGUUCAUAGUUUUGUGAAGAGAAUUAUCUGUUCAGGUGUCAUUUUUAAUAUUUCAUGGGAGUCAGGUAUAUUUGUGGCGUCAUUCUUUUUAAUAUCAUGCCAAAUUCCAUUGAAAAUCAGAGAAGUCAUCCUUUGAAGAUCUCAGAUGGAGAAAUCAGGAAGAAAAUAGAUGCAAAACUGUGCAGAAGUAUAUAUGAUUUAACAGGGCAUAUGAUUGAAAAUUCCAAGGCUCCAUAUUCGCUAUUGAUUUGCAAACCUUAUUUGGGUGUAAAGAUUUAAGUUGAAGAAGUUUUGAGAAUAAAAUUUUGGACCUAAAGGUAUCUGCAAUUUAAGUGAUUAUCUAUUUGAAAAUUGGAAUGCCUGUGUAGAACAUACUAAUACAGAUAUGGGUAUUGAGAACUUGGUACGAUUCCAAUAGUUUUGAAAGAAAGAUUCAGAGCAAGUUAAGAACCUGCAAAUCUGUAGUGAAUAUGGUGGUAGCUUCGUGGAAAAAUGGCUUGAAAUGCUCUGAGGACAAGAUCUGAAGCUACAGAGGCAUCAAAGCAGCUUCAUGGGGGCUGCAAAAUCGUCUGUGAUAAAAUACAUCGAUUCUGUUGAAGCAGAUUUUUAAAUUGACUUUGUGACUUUGAAUGUAAUGCUUACAUGUAAAUGUGUACUAUUGUACAUGAUUGUUGAUUGAACUAGUUUGAUUAGAAAUGUUGUUGCAGAUUAAGUGCUAUUUUUAACAGGGAAAUGACUGUAAUUAUGUUUAUUAUUAAUGUUUGCCUCAAAGAGACUUAAGGCUUUGUGCCAACAAAGUGAAUUAUUAAUCUGAUGCAAUGGCAUUAAUUUAGAAACAACUAGACAUAACAUCAUUAUAUGAGGUUAAGGGAGUUUCUGCAUUAAGGAGUUAUUCGUAAUGCAGGUGAUAGUUAUUUGUCAGUUAAUGAAAUAGAAACAUGCCUUUUUUUGAGAGAAAACAAACUCAAAACAAUUGAUAAGUCAUUUGUGGUUACUUAUAUAUACCUGGUAUUAUAUGUAGUUUAAGUAUGAUAAUUGGAAGUGUAAAGCCCUGUUUGAAGUAAUAGAUUUUCUGCCUCGAGUGGUAUUAAUGGGAUAGUUUAUUCAAGUAAAUUUUAAUACAUUUACAUCAUGGUUUUCAUUUCUUGGGGAACUAUUUUGUGUAUUCUGUAAGACACAUGGGUUUUAUAAUGAAUGCUGUUGUAAGUCUCACUGUUCAAUUUUUAGAUGCUGUUUCACCAUUAUCAGUGUUGUUUGUAAGCAUUUUGUUGACUAUGGUGAAUAGCUUGUAUUUUGUGUUUUCUAUAAUCAGGGGUUCUACAGUUCAGGAUUGACAGUGUUUGACAAGUGUAAAGAUUGUUUUUGCUCGGACAUUUGUUUCAAAAACAGUAGGAAGUACAUUGAAAAAUAGAUCUGAAAAAAAGAUUUGAUAAUUCAAAAGGGGUCUAAGCCCUUUACACUGCUUUGGGCAUCAAAUCAUCAUACUCUAACAGAACCAGCUUUUACCAGGAUUGACAAUUAUAAGCUGUUAGAGCCCCUGUAUGAUGUGAUGAGUCUAGUUUCAAGAAUGGAUUUUAAUCUUCUUUUUUCAUAACCUUUAUUGCAUUUUGAAGACUUUUGCCCCAGUUAUUCAUUGCUCAUGUAUCUUGUUCUAUUUUUUAUUGAAGCAUUUUGCAAAUAAAGGGGUGACAUUAAGCAUAUCAGAUAACUGUUUUGAAUGUGUGUUUUUUAUUUCAAUUAUUUCAAAGAUUGCAUUGUGAACUGUGUUAAAUUUUCUGAAACUCUGUGACAUCUACUUACAACACAUGCUGUUAUAGGUUUUCCAUAUUUCCUUGAAAUGAAUAUCUGGUAGUUUUUACACAUCACAAUAUUUUUUUUUCUUGUGUUAGUUUUAUUUUUAUCUUGUAAAUAAAUAUACAUGUAUUGAUAAAUGGUAGAAACUUGAAAUAAGGUAAUUUUCGAUUGUCUUCAAAAUGCUUACAUGAUUUUAUCACAGUGUUGAGAUAUAUUGUUUUAAGCCCUUUUUCUUGUUGCCAAAUUCUUAAACGUUUUUAUCGUUCUCUUUUACUGUUUAGCACAUUGGUUUUGGUGAUAAAUCUUUGCUUGUAAACUAUUGUGAUAGCAUUGAAUUAGCAAAAUAAAAUUUUGUCUGCUCCUUUGUGGGGAACUGAUUUUAGCAUGUGCAAUAACCUCAGUUGUCUUUUAUAUUUUACUAAUAUCGCCAUGUAAAAAUGCGAACUUAUAUUUGUAUUACAAAAAUAAAAAUUGUUUCUUAUGACUUAAUAACUUGGUGUAGUAAGCACUUGGAAUCUGAUUUAAAGUUUAGUUUGUUAUGAUUAUAAACCUGUAUUAAACCUUUGUUAAUUGACCAUUAUAAGUUCGUAUAAGCAUAGGUCACAUCCAAUUUGCUAUGAAUUUGCGAUUUCUUUUAAGGUAAAUGUAUAGAAGUUAAACUCUAAGGAUGACAGUCCUCUAUCAGUUUAGGGUUAAGGUACAAUAAAGAGCUGUAUUUGUUCUUAUUUCCAACAUUUGCUGAUUUUAAAGUGAUUUGUGUAUUGGUAUUGAAUAUCUUGCAGUUUUUCACAAUUACAUGAUAUCCAGAAGGUAUCUGCACAAUGGCAUAGAAUGUUCCCCUAAAGGCGUGGUUAUAUUGAUUUUUUUACAAAAAAAUAGGAAAACAGACAAAAAUAUCAUCAGAUGUGCAAUAUGUACUUUUUAUUUCUUUCAUAUUUUGCCCUUAUACUUGUGCAUAUUUUUGUAUCUUUUAGCAAGCUUUUUUUAUAAACAUAGAUAUUGUGAUAACAAAGUUAUUAUGACAUGAGACAAAUAUGAGAAUAUGUUUGGUUGGAUUUCUUAAUUUUUGAUGCUUGAACAUAUUUUAGUGCUCAAAAUGUGCUUUGAAUGUAUAUAGGCAUGACUUUUCAAGCUUAAGACAAAACUAGACUCAUCCAACUAUUUUAAGCUUUUUCUUGAUAUCAUAUUGUAUCUUUUUAAUUAAAAUGCAGUUUUCAUUGGUAUAGUUUUUUUAUUUGAUUAAAGCAUGGAUUUGCACCUUGUAUUGGGGGGAAAUUGUUUAAUUGGUGUCAAAAAUGAAUUACCAGCUUGUUUUGCAAAUAUAACUCCAAGAUAGUGUAUUCCUCCAGUUAAGUUACUAAGUUUUAAAUCAUGUACUCUCCAUUUUGAGAGGAUAUUUAACUUACGUUUUGGUGUGUCUAAAGGUUGGCAAAUCUCUGUUAGAAAAAUCUUGGUUGCUCAGCUGCACGUAUACAUUCUGAACUAGAGCAACAUCAAGUAUGACCAACUUUCAUUAUCACCACUUUUAGCAAGUUGUGUAACAGAUGACUUUUAUUAAACUUACUGAGAAGAGGACAAAUAUUUCUUGUUUGAAAUGAUUUGUUAUAAUCUUUUCAUUCUUCAACGUAGUCAAUUUGUAGCUUAUAUGUAUAUUUUAUGUAAGAUUGUAAAUAAAUGGAAUUAGCAAUUCAGUA